ACCAAAGCAAAGUAAAAGAAAAGCAGUAUUUUCAUUUGUGGAAUGAAAUGGCAGAGUCUGCUUCUUCUUCUUCUUCGGCUGUAUAUCCACCACAACAAAAUCAAGAAAAGUAUGAUGUUUUUCUGAGUUUCAGAGGGGAGGACACCCGGGAUAAAUUUACCAGUCAUCUUUAUGAUGCUUUACAUCACGGCAAGAAAAUCUACACCUACAUGGAUUUGGGACUUGACAAAGGAGAUGAAAUUUGGCCCGCACUUGUCACAGCAAUUCGCCAAUCAAAGCUUUCCAUAAUCAUUUUCUCCGAAAACUAUGCUUCUUCCUCGUGGUGCCUCGACGAACUCCUCUACAUAAUCGAUUGCAUGAGGACAAAUGGACAAUUUGUUAUACCCGUCUUCUACGACAUUGAUCCGUCGCAUGUACGGAAACAGGAGGGGAGUUUCGCAGCUGCUUUUGCUCAGCAUGAAUUGCGUUUCAAAGACAAAGAGUCCAAGGAGAAGGUUAACCAGUGGAGGGCUGCUUUGGAAGAAGUAGCUAAUCUAUGUGGCUGGGAUUCAACUGUCACUAGACCGGAUUCAAGAUUGGUUAAGGCAAUUGUAGAAGAUAUUAUGUGGAAAUUAAACUCCAUAUCACCAUCUGAUCAUCAUUUGGAAGGCUUGGUCGGAAUCGACAAACGGUAUCAACAAAUUAAAUCAUUGCUGUGCAUUGGCUGUCCAGAUGUUCGGAUUGUUGGUCUUUUAGGCAUGGGCGGUAUAGGGAAGACAACGAUUGCCCGUGUUCUGUUUCAGUUGCUGUCUUCUCAAUUUGAGAGCUCUUACUUUCUCAAAGGUGUUAGAGAAAAAUCAGAGAAAGGUGAACUAGAUUAUUGGCGAAAGGAACUUCUUUCUGCACUAUUAGAGGACAACAAUCUUAACAUGAGCAAUUCAUAUAUAGAAUCAGAUUUUGUUAGAAGAAGGCUCCAGCGUAAAAGGGUCCUCGUUGUUUUUGAUGAUGUGGAUAAACCAAAACAAUUUGAAAGUUUGGUCAAAGUGCAUGAUCUAUUUGGUCCCGGAAGUAGAAUCAUUGUAACAACUAGAGAUGAACAUGUGCUCAACAAUAUUGAAGCUCAUAUACAGAGGGUAGAAGAACUGAGUGAUGAUGAAGCUUUUCAACUCUUACAUUUGAAUGCUUUUAGAACACGGUCUCCUGCAACAGAUUACUCAGAGUUGUCACGAAGGGUGGUAGAUUAUGCCAAAGGCAUUCCAUUAGCUCUUGAAAUCAUGGGUUCCUUCCUUAGUGACAAGAGCAUACAAGAAUGGGAAAGUGCAUUGAGAAAAAUGAAGACGACUUCCAACCAAGAUAUUCAUAAUGUUCUGAGAAUAAGUUAUGACAGAUUAGAUCAAAAAGAGAAAGAUUUAUUUCUUGAUAUCGCAUGUUUCUUUAAAGGGGAGGAUGUAAAUAAUGUACAGAAAGUAUUAGAUGGUUGUGAUUUCUAUGUAGACAUAGGACUAAAGAUUCUCAAGCAAAAGUCUCUCAUAACAAUAGAAAACAACCUACUACAAAUGCAUGAUUUAAUACAGGAGAUGGGUUGGGAAAUUGUUCGACAAGAAUGUCUUAAGGAGCCUGGAAGCCGUAGUAGGUUGUGGAUUGCUGAGGAUGUCUAUCAUGUACUAAAGAAUAAUACAGGCACAAAAACAGUCGAAGGCCUAUACUUAGACGUGAAUAAUAUUGGAGAAGUAGAACUGUGUUCUUCGAUCUUCUCAAACAUGUAUAAUCUAAGGUUACUCAAAAUUUAUAAUCAUAGAGCUGGAAAUUGCAUCCAGAACUGCAAAGUUUGCCUUCCUCAAGGCCUUGAGCAUCUUCCUGAUAAUCUUAGAUACCUCUUCUGGGAGGGAUACCCUUUGAAAUCUUUGCCAUCAAAAUUUUGUCCAGAAAAACUUCUUGAGCUCAGCAUGACCCAUAGCCAGCUUGAGCAACUUUGGGAUGGAGUCCAGAACUUUCGCAAUUUGAGAAAGAUUGAUCUUAGUUACUCUGUGCAUCUCACUCAAAUCCCAAACCUCUCUCUGGCUUCAAGUUUGGUUAGCAUAAACCUUGAGAAAUGUACAAGUUUACUUGAACUUCCUUCAUAUUUUCAGCACCUCAAUAAUGUUACAUAUCUGAAUAUAAGAUAUUGCUCAAAUCUUAAAAUCCUUUCAGAGAUACCCCGAAAUAUAGAGUACUUAGAUUUAUGUGGAACUGGAGUUGAAGAAUUGCCUCCAUCAUUUUCAGAUCUCUACAAACUUCGUGUUUUGGAUCUAGGCAAAUUUGCAGGCCUUGAGAAUUUUUUGGGAAGCACUUUUAAGCCCAUGUCCCUGAACCAUUUGACCUUCUUGGACAAGUUUUAUCCUGAGAUAGAGCCCUUAGAUUUGAGCACCACGUAUAUCAGAGCUUUGCCCUCAUCAAUUAAGCAUUUGAGUAGCCUCAUUCAGUUGGAUCUGCAACAAAGCCCCCUGGACUGCUUAAGAUUUUUAAACUUUUCAGAAAUUGAUAGUAUAGGAGAUUUGCAAUCCCCUUAUUUAGAGGACACAGAAAUUACAGAGUUAGUCCCAACCAACGUAUACCGUCUCGAAUGGUUUCUCCCUUCCCGCUGUUUAAAGCUUUCCAAGUUGCCUCUCCUGGAUAGUUUGUGCUCUUUAUGCACUCUAGAUUUAAGUUACUGCGCUAGAUUAGUAAUCCCUGAUUGCAUCGGCUGCUUAUCCUCAUUACAAAGUUUAAAUCUAAGUGGAAGCAGUAUCAAGAGCAUUCCUGCAAGCAUCAAGCAACUUUGUAAGCUGAACAGCCUUAACAUAAGCAAUUGCAGGAGCCUUAAAUCUUUACCAGAUGAGCUUCCAUGGUUUCUGCAGCAAUUGGAAGCAUCUGGCUGCACAUCACUAGAGAAAGUGCCAAGUUUAAGUGCUGCACUCAAGAGAGGUUGGGACAGAACUAAGGUGCAUGGCAUAAAACCAAGUGAGGAUUUUAUAUUUUUUAACUGCCCGAAAUUGAAUGAGAAUGCCAAGAACAAUAUAAUGGAGGAUUCACAGCUCAGAAUUUUGCGUAUUGCAACUUUAGCAAAGAUCAGACCCGUGAAUGUUGGAUCUUAUCCUUCUGGAUCAGCUAGAGUUAGUAUUUGUUGUCCGGGAAGUGAGAUUCCAAGGCAGUUCAACAAUCAAAAUGUGGCAUCUUCAACGUAUAUCAACUGUCCUCCAGAAUGGUUUAAUACCAACUUAUUGGGUUUUGCUGUAUGCGCUGCUGUUGAAUUUAAUGAGUGUUUUUCUGAUGAUGAAAACUUUCUCUCAAGACAUUCUCCAUUUGAAUCCCAGUUUGAAACUGGCGUUAAUGGUGAAAGCUACAAAUUUGAUCACACUCUAUUAGAUUGGGACGGGUGUUCAAUUGUACCAAAGGGUAAAAUCAGAGUUGAGAAGUCGAAUUACUUGUUCCUGUGGUAUCAUUACUGCAAAACUCAUUCGUACAAUGGGAUGACCGAUGUUAAAUUUGACUUGAAACCUCUAAUGAUUGAGCAUGAUUAUAUUAAUUUAUGCAAUGUUAAAAAGUAUGGGAUCCGCCCACUGUAUGCCCAAGAUGCAAAAGAUGUGUUUAACCAAGAUGUGUUUGAAGCCAGUGCAAGUGAGGCUGUUAUAUCAAAUGAUGAGGAUCGGUCUGAAAUGCCGUGGAUAAAGACUUUGUCAAGAAAGAUCAAUUUCUUUGAUCGCUGAAAGAUUAGUACUGGUGACUAGUACUACUCAACCGCUUUCAUUUUGCUUAUCCAAUACAUUAUUUUUGUUUGCUUUGGUCAGUGUAAAAUGCUGCUGUGUUAACAUUAUACAUAUUACUAUUUGGUUUUUUCUGGCUAGGCUUGUGCUGUUGGAUAUAAUAACUAACCAUGUUCAUGGGCAUUCAUUGCUACCAAAUGAAUAUUCUUUCAUGUGGUUAGUUUGUUCGGGCUUUAUUUUGUUUGUUUAUUUCAAAUCUAGUGUAAUUAUUUGUUGGCAUGUCCAACUCAUUCAUCAAAUAGAUAGCUAUAGUUUAUAGUUUAACAACAUUUAUUUAAUAUUUAGCCUCCAUAUUUUUCUCAUUGCACAUGAAUAUCAUUCAAUAUGAGAUAUUCUACAUUAAUUUUUAUCCUACUCUAAUCACUUUGUCCACACUUUAAAAAAUUAGAUAUUCUACAUUAAUUUUUAUCCUACUCUAAUCCCUUUGUCCACACUUUAAAAAAUAAUAAUAAUAAUAAUCCCAUUGUGUGCUUUUGAUUCUUUGACAGUACACUCAGGAGCACGAAGAUCUUUUAGAGAAGUUAAACUAGUCAGUGUUCAGUCUGAUUGGCAGUAGAAUGGUGUAAAAUGUGCAAAGAUUAUUUAUUAUAUGCUAAAUCAAUAGAUCUAGUUACAGAAAAGUUCCUUUUUGGACUCAAAAGAGUUGAAACUAUUGGAAUUCCAUAGUUUAAGUUUUCAAGCAAAUCUACUUCAAUUAUCUGAUUUGAAUAUCAUAUGCUACAUAUAUAAAAAUAUAUAUAUAUACAUAUAUAUGUACAAAUAGAUCCAUUUUGAUUAGUAUUUCACCAUUAAUCUUUCAUGGCUAUAUAUAUAGGGAAACUAUAUAUAUAGUUUGAAAUUAUCCCUUGUUGUUGCUUGUUCCCCCCAAAUUAUCUGUGUCCCUCUGCUGUAUUUUUGGAUAAAUUGCCUGUGGAAGUCGUCAGGUGAGGAUUUUGGACGGACAUAUGUUCUGUUGUUAACAUUCAAUUUGUCUCCAUCCCUAUCCAUCUUACAGGAAUAUUAACAAAAAAAACAUGCAUGCAAUAUGAAUAUUAGUAAUAAUCAAUACAAGUAAAUUGUAACUAAAAGGUAUUUUGAUAAAUUGUUGUCAUGAUAAUCAAGGGUGGCAAAAACUUUUAGCCUUAAGUUUUUUGGUCUAUGUCCAUAAUGAAACUAGAAGUCCCCAUUCUUUGUUUUGUUUUUUUUUGAGUUGGUGUGUGUGUUUUGUGUACAUUUUUUAUUAUUGGUACUGUUCUACCUUUUGUCCCUAGUCCUACUCUAAUCCCUAAAGUUAUUCCUCUUGUUUCUUUAACAGUGAUCAUCAUCAGGAGCAGGAAGAUUUUUCAUGAAAGGUAAAGUCAAAUUUGAAUGUGUCUCUACGAAACCUGGUGCAACCACGUUGAUAGGAAGUAAUUGUGAAUUUGGUGUUUCUGUGCCCAAGAAAUUGUAUGGAGCCUGGUUGGUUAGUUCUGCAGAUUGAUUAUUGCUACUGUUUCAUUUUCUUUCAUGUGAAGUAGGUGUGUUUUAAUUAGGUUUUACAGCCAAAAUUUGCAAGAGAUACAAUAUACAAGGAUAGCCAAUAACUCAUGAGUUGCACAACUUUUCAUUUAAUUUGUAUCAUUAUUGUACCAUGUAUAUAUUCUUUUUUUGUUUUUUUGUUUUAUUUAUUUAUUAUUGCUUAUAUU